UAAAAUAAAUAUUAUUACCUUUAUUUUUUUUCACUAUUUACACUAAUAAUGAAUGUAGAAAAAAAAACUAAAGGUAAUAAAUCUAUACAGUUGUAUAGAUUGAAACCUAGUUUCACCCAUCUCAAUUUAGUUCCUUUCUUAAUAAUUUAUUGUUAUUUAUUUUAUUUAUAUUUCACAUCACCAGAAUAUAAUAACCAAGAUAAUAGCAAUAUUUUAGAUGGCUCCUCAUCACUAGAGUCAUCGUUAGAAGAUUUAUCAUCCUCCUCAUCAUCAUCACUUGAUGAUUCUUCAUCCUCCUCAUCAUCAUCAGAAGAAACUCAACAAGUCGAAUUCAAUCUUCACGUUUUUUUAAUAGUAGCUACUAUGGCAAUUCAUUUUGUAUCAUACUUAUUUAAUCACUGGUCAAUCGAUUAUAAAUGUUUUGUAACAAUGAAAAAAGUUAAUAAUAUUAAAGAUGCAACACACGCCAAAGUUACACCAAACAAACAUAUGGGUGUAAAACAAUUAUGUCCAAUUUCAAGACAUCUCCACAAACCAACAACAACCUCAGCAUCAUCAUCUACAGAAAUUAAAUUGGAACAACAAUUUAAAGAUCUUCAAUACAGCAUCGAAUUUCAAAAAAGAAAAUUAGUUUAUAAUAUGGAUAAAAAACAAUUUGAAAAAAUCAAAUUCAACAUUCCUUUAAACCCAGAUGAAUUAUUAAACAAUGUGCGUUCCUAUGAAACUGAUGAACAAAUUGAAUUGGCUCAAAUGAAAUAUGGUUUAAAUAGAUUCGAUAUUCCAAUACCUUCAUUUUUAGCACUCUAUAAAGAACAAGCUACUGCCCCUUUCUUUGUUUUUCAAGUAUUUUGCGUUUUACUUUGGUGUCUUGAAGAAUAUGUCUUUUAUUGUCUUUUCAGUUUAUUCAUGUUAUUAGUAUUCGAAGCUACUGUUGUUAAAUCAAGAUUAGGUAAUUUAAAUUCAUUAAAAAAUAUGAGCAGUAAACCAACUUAUCCAAUUUAUGCGUAUAGAUUAAAACAAUGGAAACAAAUUAAUACAACCGAAAUUUUACCAGGUGAUAUUUUAUCAGUUGGUAGAGGCUCAACUGAAGCAUUAUCAACAUUACCAUGCGACAUGUUAUUAUUAAGUGGUGGAUGUGUUGUUAAUGAAGCAAUGUUAACUGGUGAAUCAACUCCAUACCACAAAGAAUCACUCAAAGAUAGAAAAUCCUCAAAAACAAUUGAUAUCAAAAAUGACAAGAACCACAUUUUAUAUGGUGGUACAACUAUUGUUCAACAUACUCCAUCAGAAAAACUUGCUAGCAUCAGCAGACCACCUGAUAAGGGUUGUAUUGCUUAUGCAAUUAAAACUGGUUUCAAUACUAAUCAAGGUAGUCUUAUGAGAACUAUUUGGUUCUCUUCCGAACGUGUUACCGCCAAUAACAAAGAAAGUUUCCUUUUCAUUCUCUUCCUUUUAACUUUUGCUAUUGCUGCCUCUGCCUAUCUCUUCAACAAAGGUAUUCGUGAAAACAACCGUAGUAAAUAUAAAUUACUCUUAAAUUGUAUUAUGGUCAUCACCUCAGUAGUCCCACCAGAACUCCCAAUGGAACUUUCAUUAGCUGUAAACAACUCUUUAAUCUCUCUUAUCAAAUUAGGUAUUUAUUGUACUGAACCUUUCCGUAUUCCAUAUGCUGGUAAAGUUGAUAUCUGUUGUUUUGAUAAAACUGGUACACUUACAACUGAUGAUUUAGUUUUGCAAGGUAUUGCAAAUUGUCCAAUAAAACAUCAUAAUAGUAGCAAUUCAAAUAAAGAUACAAUUGAUACAGAAGAAGGUUGUAAUAGUUUAGUUAUUAUCGAUAAUAAUUUAGUUGGUGAUCCAAUGGAAACUGCAGCAUUAAAAUCAAUUCCAUACGUUGUUAAAGGUGAUAAAAUCUCACAUCAAAAGAAAGGUAUUUCAAUUGAUAUUAUUCAUAGAUAUUUAUUUUCAUCAGACUUAAAGAGAAUGGCAACUAUUUGUAAUGUUACAAAUUCAUCAACUCAAUCGAGCAAUACCUAUGCAUUUGCAAAAGGUGCACCUGAAAUUAUGAAACCAUUCUUCAAUCCAAAAUCAAUUCCAGAAAACUAUGAUAGCUGCUAUAAACAAUAUUCACGUCAAGGUUCAAGAGUAUUAUCAUUGGGUUUCAAGAGAUUAGAAUCUGGUUUAAAUCCAUCACAAUACAAAUCAAUGGAACGUGACCAAAUCGAAAAAGAUUUAGAAUUUGGUGGUUUUAUCACUUUUGAUUGUCCAUUAAAACCAGAUUCGAAAGAAUCUAUCGAAAUGCUUAUGGCCUCUGCUCAUCACAUUGUUAUGAUUACUGGUGAUAAUAGUUUAACUGCUUGUCAUGUAGGCAAACAAUUAAGCUUUGUAGAAUCCACUAAACAAACCCUUAUCCUCCAAGAAGAUAAACAAUGGAUUUCUGUUGAUGAAUCUGUCAAAGUACCAUUAGAUUCUGACGAUAGUGAACACUUAAUGAAAUUAUCAGAAAAAUAUAAUCUUUGUGUAUCAGGUUCAAGUUUAGAUUUAAUUGUCAAGAGUAGCAAUUUGGAAAAACAAUUAUAUUUAGUUAAAGUAUUUGCAAGGGUAUCACCAGAUCAAAAACAAUUAAUUUUAGGUAACUUUAAAGCCAAUGGUCAUCAUACAUUGAUGGCAGGUGAUGGUACAAAUGAUGUUGGUGCAUUAAAACAAGCUCAUGUUGGUAUAGCUAUUCUCAAUAAAGGUGAAUUUAAACCACCACCAGAAAUUAACUUUAGUGAACUCUUCAAACAAGCUAGAGAACGUCAGAUGCAAGAACAAUUACGUCGUAAUGGUGAUCCAAGAGCUGCCACAGCUCUUGCUCAAAAACAAGCUCAAGACUUAGCUAUGCGUUUACAACAAGACAACGAAGCCACAAUGGUAAAAUUAGGUGAUGCCUCUAUUGCUGCUCCUUUCACAUCGAAAUCCAGUGCUGUUAAACCAAUCACUCAUAUCAUUCGUCAAGGUAGAUGCACAUUAGUAACCACCUUCCAAAUGUACAAGAUUUUAGCUUUAAAUUCUUUAAUCUCAGCCUAUGGUUUAUCAGUAUUAUAUUUAGAUGGUGUUAAAUUGGGUGAUUCUCAAGCCACAAUUUCUGGUAUGUUAAUUGCAGUUUGUUUCCUCUUUAUCUCAACCUCCAAACCAUUAAUGAAACUUGCAAAUAGACGUCCAAAUCCAAACUUGUUUAGUCCUUAUAUGAUGUUUUCAAUUUUACUCCAAUUCGCUCUUCAUUUAGCCUGCAUCAUUUUCAUUGUAUAUCAAUCUCAAUUAAGAAUUGGCACCAAUAGACCAGACCCAGAUUCACCAUUCAAACCAAAUCUAUUAAACUCAGCUGUAUUUUUAAUGAGCAAUGCUAUGCAAGUUGCCACAUUUGCCGUUAACUACAAAGGUCAUCCAUUCAUGCAAUCCCUCUCUGAAAACAAACCUUUAUUAUAUGCUCUUUCCGCUGUUUGGGGUUUAGGUUUAGUUUUAUCCACAGAAAUGAUUCCAUCAUUAAAUGAAUAUUUAGAAUUGGUACCAUUCCCUGAUUCAACUUUCCGAUUUUAUAUGGUUUCUUCAAUUAUUGUAGAUUUAAUUGGUGCCUAUUUAAUUGAAAAAAUAUGCUCAAUUUUAUUUAAAAACUAAUUUAUUCAAUUAAAUAAUAUAAAAAUAAAAAUAAUAAAAAUAUAAAUAUAAAUAUAAAUAUAAUGGUAUUU